AUGGUGCUGCGCGAGGAACUCGUGCCGGCGCGCGCGUGUGUGACCGCCGACGCGCUGCAGAUCACAACCGGGGGGGACGACGACGCGCGGCAUGCGGGCUACGCGGAACUCGAGGGGAGGGACGUGUACGUAGUGCUACACGGGGACUACCUGUGUUGGUACGCAUCGGCACAGUCGACGCACCUCUUGCUGGGGCACAUGGACGUGCACGCGAUCGAGGUCGACGCGGUCGGCGCGGACGCGUGGGCCGCCGCCACGCCCCAGAAGCGAUACGUGUUUGGGAGCGAGGAGCGCGACGUGUGGAUAGAGGCGCUGCUUCGUGCGCGCACGCAGGCCCAGGAACCGGCCAGAGUCACGUACAGCGUCCUCUGCAUCCCGCUCGAGCGCAUCGUGGAUAUCGCCGACGCGCCACGCGCUAUGGGCGUGCCGCUCGUGGGCGUGCGUGUGCUUGCAGGCGACGCAGCAUCCUGGGACGACUAUUACCUCGCCGAGUUGCCGGAUCGCGCGGGACUGCUCGACGCGGUGGCAAAGGCGGCCGCGCAGCUCGGCGGCCCCGAAGCGCCGCUGCCGGCAUCGCUCGAGGCACUCCCGUUUGCGCCGUGGAGCUGGUCCCCACGGCUCGUGCCGCGCGUGCUCUGGGCGCGUGCGCAAAAUGGGGGGGAUGUGGUGUGGCAGACGCAGCAGGCCGAGCCGCCCACCGAGGAUAGCCUACCGAGCCUGGCCGAGGCACUGCGCACGUCGCUGCUGGACUCGGUCGAGCUGUCCGACAGCAGUGGGCUAGCGGGACCGCGAUCCGACGUCGCGCAGUCCGCCACCGGGUCGAAUCUCGCCCACUCGGUCGAGCUGGCCGACGCCCCCGAGCCGCCUGCGUCCUUCUUUGAGCACGAUACCCCUUCGCCGAGCGGCUCCGACGUGUCGCUCGUAUCGGUACCCGACGCGACCGAUACGUGGGCACAGGCCGAGCUCGCGGCCCACUUUCCGGACCUCGACGAGCCCGUCGUCGGACACGUCCGUGCGACGCUCCUGCGCACGGUCCCCGUCCCCGGCCGCGUGUUUGUGACGGAGCGCGGCCUCGCCUUUCGCUCGUCGGCCUUUUACUCGCGUGUGCUCGGGCGCACGGCGCUGGUGCUACAUGCGAGCGAGUUGGUGAGCGUGUCGCGCGAGUACGACGCGGCGUAUGCGCGCCCCAUCCUCGUGCUGGUCGUGCGCGGCCGCGAAGAGCAGUUCCUUGCGUUUGCGACACGGGCGCGCCUCGAGCAGUGCUACUCGCUCCUGUCACAUGCGAUCGCCGCCUGCGCCGCAGAGCACGCAUCCGACGUACCCCCCGAGGCGCCGAGGCCGCCACCGAUGCACAUUACGCUGCUCACGAUCGGCUCGCGCGGCGACGUGCAGCCGUACAUUGCGCUUGCACAGCGGCUGCAGUCCCAUGGUCACACGGUGCGCAUCGCGACGCACGCCGAGUUCCGCCCCUGGGUCCUCUCGUACGGAGUCGCAGAGUUUGCCGAGGUCGGCGGCGAUCCCGCGCUGCUCAUGCGCCUGUGCAUCGAGCAGGGCACCUUUUCGCUGGGCUUUGUCUAUACGUCGCUCGGCAUGUUUCGUACGUGGCUCGACGAGCUGCUCACAUCGAGCUGGGCGGCGUGCCAAGGCACCGACGUGCUUGUCGAGAGCCCGAGUGCCCAGGCCGGCGUGCACGUUGCGGAGCGGCUCGGCAUCCCGUACAUGCGCGCGUUUACCAUGCCGUGGACGGCGACGCGCGCCUAUCCCCACGCGUUUGCCGUGCCAAAACGGCACGCAGGAGGGCAUUACAAUGCGUUGACCUAUGCGCUCUUUGAACUCUUCCUUUGGCGGGCGUCUGCGCCGCAGAUCAAUGUGUGGCGGCGCACGCUCGGCCUCGCGGCCACGACACUCGAGCAGCUGCGCCUCGACGAGGUCCCGAUGCUCUACUCGUUCUCGUCCCAGAUCGUUCCAAAACCGCUCGACUGGAGCGCACAUACCCACAUUACCGGCUACUGGUUUGUGGACGAGGCGACGCCCGCGCCGCCGGAAGCCCUCGUCCGGUUCCUCGAGGGGGCAAAAAAGGCACAAGGCAAGCUCGUGUACAUCGGCUGGGGCUCCAUCAUUGUCCCGGACGCGCACCGCGUGACAGAGGCAGUGUACGACGCGGUGGACGCGUCCGGCGUCUAUGCGGUGCUCGCCAAAGGAUGGUCCGACCGCAGCGCGAGCGCACCGGCUGCGCCAUGCAACCACCCCCGCGUGUUCUGCGUCGAGUCGGUGCGCCACGAUUGGCUCUUUCCGCAGAUGGACGCGGUGUGCCACCACGGCGGGGCCGGCACGGUCGGCGCGAGUCUGCGGGCCGGCACGCCGGUCGUGCUGCAUCCCUUCUUUGGCGACCAGUUCUUUUGGGCGCGGCAGGUAGAAAGUCUCGGCAUUGGCGUGCGCCUCGACGCGCUCACCGCCCACGCGCUCACCGCCGCACUCAUCAAGGCGACCGGCGACGUGGCGAUGGCCGCCGCCGCGCAGCGCAUCGGCGAGGCGGUCCGUGCAGAAGACGGCGUGGGGCGUGCGGUCGCCGCGCUCUACGCCGAGCUCCCGACGCCGCUUGCGCAGUCGUGGUGCAUAAUCGAUAAGGAGCUAUAG